AUGGCGGCAAGAGCAACAUCUGUGGUACUGUCGCUUCUAGUGGCAGUAUUUCAAGUCUCUAGUUUGUCACCACCGGUUACUCUGACGGCUGGCCCCGUCCGGGGAACCGUCCUGGACGUGUCGGGCACACAGGUGAACGCCUACCUGGGGAUUCCCUACGCCAAGCCGCCUGUAGGGGAGCUGCGCUUCAAACCGCCGGUCCCGCCCGACCCUUGGCAAGGAGUCUACAACGCGACGGUGCUGGCGAGGGAUUGUUACCAGGAACUUCAAGAUGAUGAGGUAUGCCAUGUGAUUUACGAAAUAAGAUAG